AUGAAGAAAACCAUCGGGAAAAGAGCUAUGUUGAGCCAGGACAACGCUAAAAGUAUGGACCUUUGGUCCACCAAGAUCACAACCAACGAAGGUACAGGGUUUUUUAUUUCUAAAACUCUGGAUGUAUACAAAAAGACAUUAAAUCAUGGUUUCAUUCAUCUUUUGGAGCGCGAUGGUGAUAUGCUCUCCUUGGAUUCAACCCACAACACAUGUACCUGUCAAGAUAACAAGUACAGCUCGUUAUGCAUAAUUGUAGCCAGAUGUAUUGACACUGGAAAAGGAAAACCGUUGGUAUGGAUUUUUACGAGAAGUUAA